CAACCCAGAAUCCUUCGCGUACAGAGGGUCCAUUAAGCGAAUUCUACGUCAUAAAAAACAUUUCUCCGCGGAUGUUAAUGUGAAUAAUAUCAAGAUGGCGUCGCAACAACAGAUGAACCAGCCUGGUGGGGCGCAAACCCAAGCUGGGAUGCAGGCAGCUACGUUACAGCAGCAGCAGCAACAACAACAGCAGCAACAACAGCAGCUGCAACAGCAAGAUUUUGAUCCAGUGCACCGCUUCAAAAUGCUGAUACCACAACUGAAAGAAAGUCUACAGAAUGUAAUGAAGAUUGCAGCAUUGAAUCUAGGACAUAAUACAGCAAUUGAUAAUGGCGUGAAAAGCAGUGAUGCUGCGGUGCAGAGGUUCGAUAAGAGCUUGGAAGAGUUCUAUGCCCUCUGUGACCAGCUGGAGCUGUGCCUGCGACUAGCGUACGAGUGCCUCUCUCAGAGCAUAGACAGUGCCAAGCACUCCCCAAACCUGGUGCCCACCGCCACCAAGCCAGACACGGUGCAGACCGAAUCGCUGUCAUACUCGCAGUAUCUCAGCAUGAUCAAGUCCCAGAUCUCCUGCGCCAAGGACAUCCACAACGCUCUCCUGGAGUGCUCCAAGAAGAUUGCCGGCAAAGUCCAGCCACAGGGCAUCCUGUGACAGCCCUGGACCCACACGCUCCUUUGCUAUCAUUUCUACUUUUAUAUUUCUCUGUCCAGAAAUAAAUGUACAGUACACCUCCAACCUGUGCCGUCUUGUGAUUUUCUUUUAAAGCUUCCCUCUGAUACACCUCAAGGCUUUUAUUAUUAUUAUUAUUAUUAUUAUUUAUUAUUAUUAUUAUGAGGUGUGUUUUUCAUAAGCGUUGAAUUUGUCCACUUUACUUUUUAUUUCCUUAUCGGAUAUCUUCGGUAAUAUGCUCAGCCAGCCUCUGCUGUUGAGGAUAACCAAGUGAAACUUAAUUUUCUCAGUUCUAUUAUGUCAUUCAUUCAGUCAAAUACUCAUACAUAAACAAUAUACAAAUGCUUAUCUAUUUUGUGCAACUAAUGAGAAUUCAACAAGACACACUUCAUGUGCAUGUUAUACAGCAGUUUACUAUAUUUUCUCCAUUUUUUUUUUUACAUUCGCUUAUGUAAAUAGUGUCUACUGUCACUUAUUCCAAGGGAUUUCAUUAUCUUUUUGCAUACAAAAGAAUUGUUUAGAAACUACUGCAUAUCUGGUGGCAGUACAAUGCAUAGGAGAAAUUAUUCUGAAAAGUUCUGCAUGGAGGAAUAAUCCAAAAUCCCUCCAAUUGUGUCCUCUAACCUUAUUACAAAUUGUAGGAAAAGACUCAUGGCUGUCAUUUUUGCCAGUAGUAUUUGUACAAAGUAUUAAAACGGGUGCAAAUAAUAGUGAAACCUGUAUUUUGGGGAAAUGUGUUUGUUUUUAUUUGAAAGAUGGUGGUUGAUUGAAUCAUUAAUAAAGCACAAAACUUUACAUGUUGGAAAAUAAAUGUCAAUAACCUUUU